UACACGUGUGGUUCCACAGUUUCUCCUUGAAGAAGACAUACACAUGCACUUCAGAGCAGGCUCUGCGACAGAUUUCCACUGAGAGACAUUUAUCUUUUUAGAUAAACUCUCUAGUUCGUCCGUUCAAACAGUACCGGAAGAUGCCGCGGUAUGAGCUGUGUGUGAUCUUAAAGGCGAUGCAGAGGCCGGAGACCGCGGCUGUCCUGCGGCGCACGGUAGAGACUCUGUUCGAGCGGGGCGCUGUGGUCCGGAGUCUGGAGAACCUCGGAGAGCGCAGGCUGCCCUACAAGAUCUCCAAACACAACUGUCGCCACACGCACGGUGGAUACUUCUCCAUUGACUUCCACGCCUCGCCGAAUAUCGUCAGCGAGCUGCUAGAUCACCUUGAACGAGACGUUGACGUGCUGCGUCCGACAGUUUUAAAGAAAGACGUUGAGAUUUCCGAGGCGCAGGGCUGUGGCCUACAAAAUGAGAAAGCAAAGAGUGCCACAUCCCGUUAAAUGACUGUGAAGAUCACCUCAUCUGCUGGAUUAUGUGAAUGGACUUUUGCAACAAGACAAGCUAGUAAAUGCCAGCAUCCUUUUUAUGGUUUUGGAGAAGUGCAUUUACUUCAGCUAAUGAUGUGUGAUAUGUAUUUCUGUAAAGAACUCUGUACAUAUUAUCUUUUUGCAGGAUCAACUUCUUUUUUUUUUUUUGAGUAUUUAAUUUUAGUAUGACAGAAUCUGCUUCAAUUACAUGCUCAGAAAUAAAUUAUAUGAAAUUGUUUA